CCGCUGCCUCUGUGGGCGUGACCGUUGUCGUCAGAUCCAGCAUCAUGCUCAAUGCGUGGAGUUCUUCCCUUCCCGUGUUUUUUUCCUGAGUGGUGGUUUAGCCAAGAUGAGCGGAGUUUGCAGGGAAGUCAUCACGUUGCAGCUCGGACAUUAUUCCAACUUCGUGGGAACCCACUGGUGGAAUUUACAGGAUGCAUCUUUGUCGUAUGACCCGGAGUCGCCCCUCGCUGAGAUCCAGAGUGAUGCGGUGUUCCGGGAGGGACAGACUCUGGGUGGACAGGUCACCUACACUCCUCGGCUCAUCUCCAUGGAUCUGAAAGGAAGUCUGCGGACUCUGCGGCAGGAGGGGAACCUGUACGACCCGGGAGCAGGAAGCUCUGCCGUCCCCUGGGAGGGAAGCGUCGCCAUGCACAGGCAGAGCCCUCCGCAGAAGAACUCCUUCCUGGAGGAUCUGGAGAAGCUGGAUAAGGGGGAGAUCCUCGCCGAGGCGGCGUUCUGCUCCGCCUCGCAGCUGCGGCGAACCGGAGCAGUGAGUGUGGACGCCUUCAACAGUCAGCUGGCGCGGCUCCAGAAGAACUACAGACUGGAAGGCAGCGUGGCGGUCUGGUCCGACUUCCUGCGGAUCCACCUGCAUCCUCGAACCGUCACCGUCAUCCACCAGUUCAACCAUGACGGCGAGGCUCAUCGUCUGGAGGCCUUCGGUCAGGGGGAGUCCGUCCUGCAGGGGGCGCCGCUGGACGAGCUGGAGGACAAACUGCACUUCUUUGUGGAGGAAUGUGAUUAUCUUCAGGGUUUCCAGGUCCUGUGUGACCUGGCGGACGGGUUCGCGGGCCUGGGGUCGAAGGUCACAGAGCUGCUGCAGGACUCGUAUGGGGGGAGGGGGAUCCUGACGUGGGGGCUGGCUCCUGUGGGCCACCGGGACUCGAGUCCGGUCCGGGAUCUUUACCACCUGCUGAACUGCGCUCUUGGCUCCGCCCACAUGGCCGCUCACAGCUCGCUGUUCUGCCCGCUGACGCUGCGGGGGGGCCUGGGCAGGCGACCCGCCCCCCCUCCACAGUUUCCCCUCCUGACCUACGAUCCGGCGCUCUGGUACCACUCCAGCUCGGUGCUGGCUCUGGCGCUGGACGCCCUCACCGUGCCCUACAGGCUGAGGAACAACGGCGCCCCCAUGUGGCAGGUGGCGGACUCCCUGGCCGUGUCGGGCAGGAAGGUGGUGGCCGCCUACGGCGCCGUCCCGUUUCCCAUGAUGCCCGGCGGGUCUCUGCCCGACGCCCUGAGUGCCUGCUCUGAUGCGUUGCCGUGGAAACCCCUGUCAGCUUGCCCUGAAGGGGGCGACGGUCGGUGCUACGGCCAGUGGGCCACGCUGAGAGGCUUCGAGGGACAGGAGCUCAUCAGCCGUCCGUCUCCAGGAAUCAAACCUCAGACUCCUCUGCACACCCUCCACAGCGGGGAGGACGUCCUCGCCGCCUACGUCUCGUCCUUCUACCCGUCUGCUCCUCUGGCCCUGCAGCUGGUCUCCUCCCCCAGUAAGCUGACCCCUCCCUUCCCGCAGAUCUUCAGCCCGUCGCUGGACGCUCAGGGCUUCCUGAGGAGCCUGGCGCCCCCUCCUGGCGCGCCGAGUCCGCCCAUCUCCUCGGUUCCUGUCCUGACGUCGCUGCAGUCCGGACCCGCCCUUCAUCCCUGGCUCUCUGAGCUGCACCGCUCCGCCAGCGCCUUCGACAUCCGCCGACUGGCCCCCAGCUUCCUGUCCCAGGGGCCUGAGAUGGCUGACUACCAGGAGGCCCUGGAGGACCUGCGGCUGCUGGCUCGCUGUUACCGUGACGACAGCAGCGGCGCCAUGCGGUCUUCCUCUGAGGAAGAGGAUGAUGACUGAGGGGGGGUUCUGUGAUCAGGGAGGAUCAGAGGGUUGAGGAGGCGAGGACCGCCACGCCGCGGCGUGGGAACAUCAGAGAGCUGCUGUUCUACAGGAGCCGGAUCGACCCAGAACCGGGUCUUCAUCUGCCUCAGACUGAACUUUACAGCCAUGAUGUCACUUCCUGUGAAAUAAAUUCACAGGGAAGGUUCAGAUUAAAGCAGAGAAACGGGGAAACCUUUGUCUCUGAAGAUCCAUACGCUUUUCUGAUUGGACGGCGACAGUUUCGGCCGUCCAAUCAGAGGCUGGGCAGACCCAGAGGAGCAGAGCAGCAGCCAAUCAGCUUUCAGAUCAGAUUAUUAUAUAAAAUAUGAAAAUGAUAAGUUCGAACGCAUUCGGUGUCCGACCUUACGGUUCCUUAUUGUUCCCUAAAAUGCUUUUUCAUCCAUAAUCCUCCUCAUAAAAUAAAUAGUUUUUCAAAGAUUGUCAUUUCUAGAAGAGUUAAUCCACAAAUAAACAAUCUGAGAUGUAGAAUAUGAUGAAACAUCCAAAGCAGAGGUGCUUCUAGUCCUGAGCUCAGAAACACUUUAAUUAAUCACUGAUUUAAUCUAUUAAAUGACUUUUUAAUGAUCUUCUGUAGAUUAAACUCCACAUUGAGGAGAAAUAAUCCAAUUUGAGCCAAUUUCAACGCAUCAUUACUGAUGUCAAUGCAACCAAUUUAAAAUACUUAUUAGAUUUUAAAGGAAAGAUUCAAGUUUAAAAUAUUACAGAGAGAACAGUUUAACUUCUGUUCUCAAUCAGAACCGAUUCCAGAUGUUUGACGAUUCGUCUACAUUAAGAAAUGGGAGGAAAAUAUUAGUUUUAUUUUUAGAGUGCAUUCAUUUUCAUUUUGUUCCUGUAUUUUUUUCUAAUGUUUACUUUUCUUCUUUCAAACGGUUCAAUUUUGUUUUUUCUUUUGUUCACUUGCAAAUAAACUAAUAAAGGAUUGCCUCCA